AUGACUGAUAUUGCUAAGAGAGAUUUUGCUGAACUAGCAGUCAGCGGCAAGAAUUACCUGACAUGGGCACUGGAUGCCAAAAUCAUGCUUGGUGCUAAGAAACUCCUGAACUGCAUUCAGGACCCAACUAUUGCAACAUCAGCUGGAGGAGUUAAUAAUUUACCAACUUCAGCUGAGAAAAAUCAGGCACUGCAUUUCCUGAGGCACCAUUUGAAUACUACUCUCAAGAAUGAGUAUAUGACUGAGGAAGAUCCGAAGGUCCUUUGGGACUCACUGAAGGAUCGCUAUGGCCAUCAAGUAAAGGCCUUGCUCCUAAAAACAAAACGUGAGUGGCUUCACUUACGUUUCCAAGAUUACAAAUCUGUGGAGCAAUAUAACUCAGUUCUUCACCGCAAUGUCACUUGUCUUAAGCUAUGUGGAGAGAAAAUCACUGAUGCUGACAUGAUAGACAAAACUUUGUCCACCUUCCAUGCCAAUCAUGUGAAUAUUCAGAGGCAAUACCGCCAGGCUAAAUACGAGAAGUAUUCUGAACUGGUCUCCAUGCUCAUCGAAGCACAAGGAGAAGAUGAGACACUUGUUGAAAAUCAUACGUCUCGCCCCACUGGAAGUUCAGCAGCACCUGAAGCAAAUGCUAGCUCCUUUAAGAAGGGGAAAAACCAGAAUAACCAGAACAAAGGGAAGAAUUUCUGGAAAAAUGGUGGCAAAGUUAACAAGACGUCUUUCAAGAAGAAAGGAAAUCAGAACAGUAAGUCUAAGAAGGGCUCUACUAGUGGUGAAUAUGGAAAGCAAGAUCAGGUAUGCUUCAAGUGUGGCACUAGGGGACACUGGUCUCGCAUUUGCCGCACCCCUAAGCAUCUCAUUGAGCUUUAUCAAGAGAAGCACAGGAAGAAGAAGUCAGAGCAUGAGUCACACUUCACUGUUGAGAUCCAGCACUCAGAAGAGAAGAUGGCUGCCAUGCAUAUCGACAAGCAGGUCGACGAGAAGGCAGUGGUUGCAAUGCACAUCGAUGAUAAGAUGGAAAAGAAUGCAGCAGACGCAGAGCUGAAGCUCUCAGAUGAUCUCAUGGACUCUGAUCAGUUAUAUGGGGACAUUUAA